AUGUUGCUGUGCCUCUUGCUGGGGCUGGCAGCCCUGCUGUUGAGGGUGGAUGGUGCAGCGGAGGACCAGCGCAGGGGCACAGAGGGCACUGCUGGUGCCAGCAGCAACAGCGGGCGGCGCUUCAACCGUAUUCAGCAUGGAGGCUGCACCUAUACCUUCCUGCUGCCGGAGAACGAGGGCAGUGGAGCCCCCUGCUGGGAGGCAAGGGUGAGGGCAGGAGCAGGGGGCCGGCACGACAGUAAUGCUCUCCAGAAAGAUGCACCACACCUGGGGCAGGACUUCUCUGACCAGAAGAUCCAGCGCCUGGAACAUAUCAUGGAGAACUACACCCAGUGGCUUCAGAAGAUCGAGAGCUCCCUGAGAGAGAGCAUGCGGACGGAGCUGGCACAGCUGCAGCAGAGCGCGGUGCACAACCACACGGCUGCCAUGCUUCAGAUGGGAACCAACCUGCUGUCCCAGACCGCCGAGCAGACGAGAAAACUCACCGAUGUGGAGACGCAGGUUUUGAAUCAGACUUCGAGGCUGGAAAUACAGCUGCUGGAGAACUCCUUGUCCACCAACAAGCUGGAGAGACAGCUCCUGGAACAAACCAAUGAAAUCAGCAAGCUUCACGACAAGAACGGGUUUCUGGAGCAGAAGAUGCAGGAGAUGGAGUCCCGGCACCGGGAGGAGCUGGACUCUAUGCGGGAGGAGAAAGACAGCCUUCAGAAGCUGGUAGGAAGGCAGAGCAGCGUGAUCCAGGAACUGGAGGCCCAGCUGGACCGGGCCACGGGGAACAACACCGCUCUCCAGAAGCAGCAACAGGCACUGAUGGACACAGUCAGCAGCCUCCUCAGUCUCUGCUCCCGGGAUGGAGUUGUUCCAAACAUCUCCAAGCGAAUAGAAGAGGAGAGAAAGUUUCAAGACUGUGCUGAUCUUCUCCGCGCUGGCUUCAAUAAAAGUGGCAUUUAUACCAUUCAUAUCAGCACGCAGGAGACCAAAAAGGUGUACUGUAACAUGGAGGGUGCGGGAGGAGGGUGGACGGUGCUGCAGCGCAGACAGGAUGGCAGCGUGGACUUCCACAGGACCUGGAAAGAGUACAAGAUGGGUUUUGGGAGUCUCUCUGGAGAACACUGGCUGGGGAAUGAGUUAGUGUUCCUCCUCACCAGCAGGAGGCAGUAUUCCCUGCGGAUUGAGCUGAUGGACUGGGAUGGACAUCAGGCCUUCUCUCAGUAUGACAGGUUCCACAUUGGCAGUGAGAAGAAUAAUUACAGGCUGUACCUGAGGAGUCACAGUGGAACUGCAGGCAGACAGAGCAGCUUGGUCAUCCAAGGGGUGGACUUCAGCACAAGGGAUGUGGACAAUGACAACUGCAUCUGCAAGUGUGCCCUCAUGCUGACUGGAGGCUGGUGGUUUGAUGCCUGUGGUCCUUCAAAUCUCAAUGGAUUCUACUACACGCGAGGACAGAAUGUCGGAAAACUCAAUGGCAUCAAGUGGCACUAUUUCAAGGGCCCCAGCUAUUCCCUCAGGGCCACCACCAUGAUGAUCCGACCCCUGGACUUCUGA